UCGUUCGAGCUACACAAGUUGGUUUUUUUUUUUAAAAACAUUUUUCUUUUCCAUUUUUUUUUUGGGGGUUUGGUUGGGUCACUCAGGUCAGGUGGAAAAGAAAAGAGAGAGUGUUGUGUAACCCCUUUGACCAUAAUCAAAGCUUUUUAUAAACUCCUUCAGAUCUGAAAGGGUUCUCAGUCUCUGUCUCCGUAUUCUCCGGCGUCGUUUUAUGAUCUGACUUCGGUCUCUUCUUCUUCUCUUUUUUUUUUCUUCUUUACUUCGUCACUGUUUCUCUGAACAUGCCACGCCCUUUCUUCCACAAGCUGAUUUUCUCAUCCACUAUCCAGGAAAAGCGUCUGAGAGUCCCAGAUAAGUUUGUGAGUAAAUUCAAGGACGAGCUAUCGGUAGCUGUUGCACUCACAGUACCUGACGGUCAUGUUUGGCGUGUAGGACUAAGGAAAGCUGAGAACAAAAUUUGGUUUCAAGAUGGUUGGCAAGAGUUUGUUGACCGUUACUCCAUUCGCAUUGGUUACCUUUUGAUUUUUAGAUACGAAGGAAACUCUGCCUUUAGCGUUUACAUUUUCAAUCUAUCCCACUCUGAGAUCAAUUACCAUUCCACCGGUCUCAUGGAUUCUGCGCACAACCACUUCAAACGCGCACGUUUGUUCGAAGACCUUGAAGACGAAGAUGCAGAGGUCAUCUAUCCUUCUUCCGUGUACCCAUCACCACUUCCUGAUUCUACUGUACCCGCCAAUAAAGGAUAUUCUGGUUCAGCCAUUCAAAGCUUGUUCACUGGACCUGUUAAAGCUGAGGAGGCAACGCCAACCCCAAAAGUUCCGAAAAAGAGAGGGAGGAAGAAGAAAAACGCUGACCCUGAGGAAAUAAACUCAUCUGCUCCGCGCGAUGAUGACCCAGAGAACCGUUCAAAGUUCUACGAGAGUGCUUCUGCGAGAAAGAGAACCGUGACUGCAGAAGAGAGGGAGAGGGCCAUCAAUGCUGCCAAAACGUUCGAGCCAACAAACCCUUUCUUCAGAGUUGUUCUGCGACCAUCCUAUCUAUACAGAGGUUGCAUCAUGUAUCUGCCUUCUGGUUUUGCUGAGAAGUAUUUAAGUGGGAUCUCAGGAUUCAUCAAGGUCCAGCUAGCGGAGAAACAAUGGCCCGUGCGAUGCCUCUACAAAGCCGGGAGAGCCAAAUUCAGCCAAGGAUGGUACGAGUUCACUCUGGAGAACAACCUAGGAGAAGGUGACGUGUGCGUGUUCGAGCUGCUCAGAACCAGAGAUUUCGUUCUGAAAGUGACAGCCUUUCGAGUCAACGAGUACGUCUGAAACAAGAGAUCACUCACUGUAGGUAUUAUGGUUGUGAUCGAUCUGCAGUUGGGGGACAAUUCCGUGUAGGUGUGUCUUAAUUCAAAAACAACUAAAAACUCUCUCUAUCUCUCUGUGUCAUUGCGUCAGUGUCUCGUUCGCUUUUCUGCUUUUCGAUGUGGAUAAGUUGUUUUCAUUAUAUAUAACCUCUCUGAGUGGAACUCAAAUUGUUUGAGUAGAAAAGUUAGGGCUAAGAAGUCUUUAGAAGUUUGUAAAUACCUAAUCUCCAUCAAUUUGGUAUCGAUACUUUGUGACCAAGAAAGAUGAUAUGAUGAAGAUGGGUUUGUGUUGUUGAAUAUUCGAUUUUUAUUU